AUGAUUCACGCUUGGGCGCUGAGCCUUUGCUGCCUUACAGUUCUGUCCAGCGACAUCGAUGACGGCGAAGACUUUGCCGGGCUUGACUCGGCCGGGGCAGCCCCAGGGGUUCUGCUGGAGCUGGGAUCGAACCUCACCUGGCGCGGCCGUUGGCAGCAGCGAGUGCGCGAGGGGGGCUCCACGCUUCCAGACCUGUCCAAAAUCGAGAAGGACUCUCCUUUCGGAACUGGUCCUGGACGAAAGGUGACCUGUGUUGGCACCGCGGGUGUCUCUCUGCCGAGUGGCUUCACGGAGCCUUCACUGCAGCCGCUGAUCCCUGCCCGAAACAUCGAAGAGGUUUGGGCAUACAAUGAUGGAGGCAAAUAUGGCACCAACGUGCAGGGAAUGCGAUUUGCAGCAAUUGCCGUGGCGAGGGGCGAGGACAGCGACGGCAUCCGUCAGAUUGUCUUCGGCACCAGUGUUCCCUCGUCGACAGCGGUCUGGAACGAUGCAGACUGCGAUUUUGGGACAUCACUGAAGUCAGGUGCAAGGGCGGACUCUGCCGCCAAGACAGCGGAGACAAACGCGACCUGGGAGGGAACCACCUGGCGCAUAUACCGCCAGGUGACCUGCUUGGGCACUUGGGGCACCCAUCUUCCAUGGGGUUUCACAGCACCGUCGGCGACACCAGACCCAGUUCCGAAGAGCCUAGCAGAGGUCUGGGAGUCCAACAUGGCUGGGGACUAUGGCUCCAACGUGAAGGGCAUGCAAUACGCCAUCGUCAGCCUGAUGGACGGCCAGAAGAAUGGAGGCAAGUACCGCAUCCUUUUCAGCAAUGCGCUGCCGCCAGAAUCAGAGAACUUGUGGGAUGACCGGGACUGCGAGUUUGGCACCAAGGCGCUGCUCAUGGGGGCUAGCCCUGCAGCGCUUCCCAGGAAAUCCAGGGAGAAGGAGACUGUUUUCGGAGGAACGACCUGGCGCUUCUCCAAGCGGGAGGCGAGCUGCGAGGCUGAGGCGGCCAAGAUCGAGCCCGGCAAUGUCAUCUGCGAGACCAACAACUGGUGGGGAGGAUGGCGGGGAAGCAGAGAUUGCACUUCUCAGAUCACGGCGCAGAAUGACAUGACAACCUGGAACAGAGGAUUCGGCGUCCACUUCACCUCGUGGGCAAAGAUCACACUGGCGCAGCCAACAAAGUUAUCACAGGUGGAAAUCUUUCAUUGGCGAGGUCUCCAGUGCCCAUACGAGCUCCAGUACGACUCUGGAGACGGUCGCUGGAUCAAAGCCUGCGAGAUUUCGGGUACCCCUGCCGGAAAGGAAACAUGCUCCUCUGGAUUUCCAGCUGCCCCGUUGAGCACUUUGCGAAUCUGGAAGCCGUGGCGGUCGCGAUGCCCGGAUGGGUGGUUUCGCCUGACUGGUGUCCGCGUGACAGGAGCUCAAUGCCAGGCGGCACGCUGCUCCCAACCGUGGAUUGCUAGGGCUGCAUGGACUGCCUCUGGCAGCCCCAACCGAGAUCGUGGUUGGCGCAACGACAUCAAUCGGGCCAUAAACGACAAGUACUACUACGUCCGCUACCGCACUCAAGAUGAUAAGAAGUUUACCAUCACCCUCACACUACAGGAGGCUGCCACGGUGGCUGCGGUUGGCAUCACUGUGGGCAACAGCCCAGAUUGUCGCGGGGAGGGGUACAGCGGCCUGCGCAUCGACCUCCAGUCAGCUAGCGGCUGGAACAUGGUUUACAGCAAGCAAGAGAUGUUCGGAAACUACGAGCGUGGGGCGCAGUUUGUUGCCAAGGCGAAGGGCUUUGCGCAGAACAAGCCCUUCUUCCACAGCUUCGACGCAGUACAAGGUGUAACCGUCGUGCGCCUCACGCUUUGGUGGACAGACAUCUGCUACCAGUCGAGCAUUACACUCAACAACAUCCAGCUGGUUGGCAUGCCCUGUGAACUGCAGGGGACCACUGCCACAACCACCGAGGCGUUCCAGUGGGCCAACGUCAAUCCGGUGCUUAUGCCACAAUGGAAGCAGAGCAAGUCGUUAGGGCGAGAAGGCUUUUGGCACGGCUGGCGGCACGGUGCUUUCACGGCUUCAGAGGUAACUGCCACAAGUGCCAAGAGAGGUGUGAGGUUCAAAGCAACCUGGGAUACAGUCAUCAUGAUCGGGUUAUCACAUGGCAAUGCCAACGAUUGGUACUGGGACAUCGACUACUCCAUGUAUGUUCACACCCACUGGCGACGGCUCUGGGGUCGGAGAGGCCCCAGAGGCUGGUGGGGUAACCGAUUCCUGGGAAGUCGCCGUUGGUCUGGAGGUGACCGUGACAUUUUCGAAGUGAGGUUGAACAGUGAUCGCUCACGCGUCGAGUAUGUUGUCAACAGACGGGUGCUGUGGACGGCCCCAGAAACUGCCUGGUUCCCUAUGAAUAUCGAUGCCAGUGUUUGGCGCGGUGCUCUCUAUGAUGUCUCUUGGGUGUGUGAUGGCGGCUGCUCCGAGGAGCCUGGCUAUGACAAGGUCUUCCUGGCCACAGACGCAAAGCGUUGGGGCAGGGGUCCCGGUGGACCGUCCGGCAGCGACCGCCCAAACGGUGAAGGGUAUACAUCUGGCGAGUAUGCUGUGUUCAUGCAGCAGUCUCUGGAUGGCUGCAGGAUGCUCUGCAAUGAGCGUUACUGGUGCGCCGGCUUCGGCUUCAAGCAUACCGAUUCCUUCGGCGACUAUCCUGAUUGGCAGGAGGGAAGCUGCCAGCUCAUGAGCCGCCUGGUUGAGACCACUUCCCGGGUCAAGAAUUUCGACUCCUACAGGAAGGUUGGGACAUGGCGCAGCUACGGCCCAAACUCUGCCUGUCGCAUCGGUGACAAGGACUUCUCCGAGGACGGUGUCAAGACUGUCCAAAGGCUGAAGAAUGUGGCCACCCUUGAGGACUGCAAAGUCAUCUGCCAGAAUAGGGACACGUGCACUGGCAUUGAGUACGGUCAACAGCACCAUAGAGGAGACGUGUACUGUGAGCUUUGGUCCACGGAGAUCCGGACCUCGGCCGGAAUGCCGGGGGUUCAGUGCCUGGUCUACGAUAACAAGAAGGGACUCUUUGAGAGACUACCUGCUCGCGGCUGUGGUUAUGGUGGCAAGUGUGGCAGUACAAACAACCUCUACAUUGGCAAAAACGGCAACAACUAUGACGUUGCGACACGCGAGACUGCAGUCGAGGUGUGUGGCCCUGUCUGCGAAGCCUCGGAGAGCUGUGGUGGCUUCAAUUGGUACGAGAAGGAGAAGCGAUGCCUGUAUCGGAAGUCUGCAACCUGCCGCACGGUCAAGAACGACGGGCGCGACUGCUACGUUCGUCGGGUCGCGCCACCUACAGAUGAGCAGGAUACGACCACAACGACGACCGAGGUUUAUUACAACGGCUGCUUCCGAAAUGAGGGCCGGAAUCGGAGGAACAGUCGUGAGCGCGGUUCAUAUACGAUGCCGAAGUGUACUCAGCUCGCGAAGAAGGGCGGUUUUCUCUAUUUCGGAAUGGAGUUUCCUCAAGGAUAUUCGAAAGCUGGAGAAGCCGAAUGCAUGCUGCUUGACGAUAUCCCGACGAUGAACAUCGCCCCAGACAACGACUGCCGCAAAGAGGUUUGGAACAAGAAGGGCCUGGGAUCCGGAAAUCGUAUCGCUAUUUACUCCGUCAUCAAGGUCUGCCACAAUCAAAAGGACAAUGCCCCGCACAAUGCAAAUUUUCGGUGCCAUAGCAACGACCGCUGGUGGGGCUGGCGACGCAACAACGACUGCUCAUCACAGAUUACUUCUCAAUCAGAUACCUGGACCUGGGGCUACGGGCGUGGUGUGCACUUCACGCAGUGGGCAGAGAUUAAGCUGCCCUACGCAAUGCAGCUCGAUAGCUUCGAUGUGUACCACUGGACCGGGCUACGCUGCUGGUACAGAGUCCAGUACGACCAGGGCGGGUCAUGGCGUCAUGCAUGCUGGCUCCGUGGAACCUGGACGGGCCGGGAAACGUGCCGAAACCGCUUCCCAAAGACGGGCACGCAGAGGCUGCGGAUUAUCAAACACUGGAACCGGCGCUGUCCGGAUCGAUGGUUCCGGCUGACCGGUGUGGAUGCCUACGGGAAGUCCUGUCAGGCCUGCGCCCGAACCGUGCUGGAUGUGGACGAGAGCCAGCGCUCUUACAACAGCAUCUGGGGUAACAACAGGAAAGGAACUGGACAUGCGCAGUCGAGAUUGAACUCUCCUCAGGCGUGGUCGGCACGCACGCGAAGUAAGAACUCAUGGAUGCAAAUGGACCUUGGAGCCAAGUAUUAUGUCGCAGGUGUUGUCACGCGAGGGCGUGCGAACGCGUGGCAGUGGGUGACGUCCUAUGUUGUUCAGUACAGUAACAACAAUCGGAACUUCUUCAAUGCACCUGGUGGGCAUGGAGGAAACCGCGACCGCAACACCAACCAACAGGUCAUGUUUCUUCGACCAGUGUCGGCACGGUACAUUCGCAUCGUGGUGAAGAGCUGGCGCAGUUGGCCUUCCAUGCGGGCUGCAGCCGUGGUUUGCAAUCCGAUGCUGCCCGUCGUGGAGCGUGGAGGUCGGCUCACGCAAGCCUUAUCAUCGUCGUGCAGCGGAUACGACAUGCGACCCUGGGUGGGCGACGAUGGUGGCUUGUUGUGGUUCAACGGAAACUUUGUCUACUACGAGGGAGAUUGGCGCAUUACUCGAUCCUGGGCCGGAAACUCUAUCCGGCUGAACACACAUUGGGGAUGGAACUGGCACAGAGAAUCCGUCCAUGCAGACCCGGUCUCUGGGCAGAUCUAUCAUCUGCUCAAUCAUCGGGGUCAUGCUCUGAGCAGUUACCAGACGUUCUCGUUCAUCGACUGCCUGAACCCAUGGCUGCGCCGAACCUCUCGGGCUCGGCUGUCACACCGGUUCCAGAUGCACUGGUAUCGUGUGUUUAUUGGGGAUGGCGAGAUGGUGGUGCUGGACCGACAGAGCAGAUGGAGGAUCAUCAGACUUGGCUGCUCUGGCACCUUGCCGGUGCGCAUACUGGCCUCGAUGUCCAACUUCUGGAUGGCAGGCUGUGAGCGUGGCCGUCAAGGUGGGAUCCUGGAGAGCGAUGGCGAGAGCUAUUACAUCAUCCAUGCGGCGCGCUACGUGUACCGCCGGGCCAUAAGCGGACCGGCCCGGAACCAGGUGAAACGGCUCUCUGGUUGGCUAGGGGACAUUUGUUCCUUGGCAGUGGACUACAAGAGGAAUCGCUGGUACUACCACAGGGAGGGUGGAGGUCGAUUUCACGAAGGUAUCUGGUCCUGCCCAGCCACUUUCACCGCAAGCCAAUCGCAGGUGGAGGAUUAUGUUUAUGAUCUGCUUCCCGACAAUGCUGGCACGGGAAUGUACGCCCUGCCCAUGCCCCGCCAUGUCUGGCCAGUAUACCUGCGCUGGCGGCCGACGUAUCGUAUAGCGAAUUACAACACUAUGUGUCCCCACGGCUGGAAGCAGUACCAACGGAACUGCUACCGGUACAUGGGCUGGUCGAACUUCCGCGGUGCCGAGAGCCGUUGCAAUGUCUUCCAGGCUCACAUUUUCAUGCCUGAGUCUGAUGCGGAGUAUGAUUGGGUCGAUGCCAACGUCGUGCGAGUGAAUAGUUGGCACUGGCUGGGUGUCAUCGGUUCGACGUCUGGUGGCUGGACGGAGGAUCCAACGAAUGUCAAUCGCUUGGAUGGCAAGGACCCCUUCCAGAUCUCCAGCACGCUGUCGGCUCGACCGUCGCCGUGGCACCGCAUCGACCACCGCUGGAGACCAUGUUACAUCUUCCACAGCCGGAACAGUUAUUGGAGGUAUCAUUGGCAUGUGCAACAUUGUCACGAAGGCCGGUACUUCAUCUGCAAGAUGCCCCUCAGGGCCCAGCCCACCUCGUGGUUCCAUUUGGCGCAGUCAGGAUACACUUGUGGAAAGACCAGUUACAGGGACUUGGGCAGUGACUUGACAAUCUCCGGCUGUUACGCAGCGUCACGGAACGAUGGCAACUGCAACGGUCAGGGCUUCCACUACUACCCGAUUCGGCUUGGCAAGUUUGGACAGUGCUUCUGUGGCACGGCCACAGAUGUUCGUGAUGACGGCACUUGCAUUAGCAAGUCGGUGGAGAGUGUGAAGAAUAAUGCUGACUAUAACCACAUCUACAUGUACAAGUUCUUUGAGUACUACUUGGCCGGUAACAAUUACUGCUUGGCUGCGGGCGGCCGCCGUGCUGAGGGUUCCGAAUCCCCUGCCAAGACUCUGGGAACAUGUCAAGCGGCAUGCUCGUCCGAUGCAUAUUGCCAUGGUUUCGAGUUCUAUGCCAACUCCAAGCACGAGGAUUCCAAGUGCUGGUUGUUCUCGGGACAUAAGCGAGAAGGUCACAUCAUCCCAGUUCGAGCUUAUACGGGGCGCCGAUACAAAGAUGCAGUGUGCUAUAUCAAGGCUCCGUAUCUCGAAGAUGGAUGUGCAAACGACUAUGGAAUCCCAGGCUAUAAGUUCUCGCACUUGGGCUACUGGUACAUGCAUAUCCGCACCUCUGCGGGCGAUGCCAGCUUGUCGUCUUGUGCUACGCAGUGCGACCGUGCACGUUAUGCAUGCAUCGGCUUCCACUUGUUUGAGGACGGAAAUGCAAGGCAUUGUUACCUGUACAAACAAGAGCGAGCCUUCCAUUGGUCCGUCAGUGAUGGGCGGGCCAAAGCCUUCGUCAAAUGCAAACAACCAACUUACCAUGCCAACGAUCAAAGUGUCGGCUGGAAGCAUUUCUCCGACCACUGCGAGGAGAAAGGCCAGCGGCUAUGCAGCUAUCAGGAGAUAUGUCCAGCCGGACGAGGCCGCGAGCCUGUCGGAGGAAGACAGGCGCAAACUGAUGCUUGGUGCCCCAUCGUGGACAACAAAGCUCCAAACUAUGUUCGGUGUGGGAACGUUGGCACUGUCUGUCAGAAGCUCACAGAGUUUGGCGCGCUUGCGCGGCAGAGAGACAGAUGGCCUUUGGCGGACACACGGCCUGACUUGAAGGAUGCCUUCGCUUGCUGCGACUCCUAG